UGCUGCCAUGAGUUCCCUUAUAUCGGUGCCUGUUGAUUACUGAAACACCGCCUCUCAUUCGUUCUGACUUUUUUUUCUUUUGUUCACUUUCAAGUCUCUCCUUAACACCAUGAAAGUGUGGUCGCUCGCUCUGUUCGCAGCCUGUGCUGCCAGCUUCCCUUCCUUUGAGCAUGGACAUAGCCACAAGCGGCUCCAUGAGCAGCAUCUGCAAAACCUCCCAGCGGAGGUUGUGGAAAUGCUGAAGGAGCAGCAACAUGAGAAGCGUCUCUUUAGUUCUAUGGACGAGCCCAUUGAUAUUACCGGGGAGCAUGCUUUCCACCCUCCUGACUAUGAGAAUGGCGACCAGCGCGGUCCCUGCCCUGGGCUCAAUGCUCUCGCGAACCAUGGGUAUAUCCCGCGGAGUGGUGUUGUUUCAUUCUUUGAAGUCGUCCCCGCCAUCAACAAAGUGUAUGGAAUGGGCGUCGACCUCGCCCUGAUCCUCGCCACCAUGGGCCUCAUCUCUGUCGGCAACCCCCUGUCUGUUAACCCAGGCUUUUCUAUCGGUGGCCGUGAUAGUGGCGUCAACAACAUUCUUGGAAAUGGCCUCGGCUUGCUCGGCGAACCCCAAGGGUUGAAUGGCUCGCAUAACUUUGUCGAGUCGGACUCCUCCAACACCCGCGACGACCUCUACGUUACCGGCGACGCUGCGACGAUGAACAUGACUCUCUUCCGCGAAUGGUACGCCAUGGCUGACGAGAACGGAACUUUCUCUCUGGACACGAUGGCUAAGCGCGCCGCGAUCCGAUUCGAGCAGAGCAAGGCUACGAACCCUGACUUCUAUUACGGACCUGUUACUGGCUUCCUUGCCCGUAAUGCUGGAUAUCUCUUUGCAGGCAGGCUGUUCAGGAACCACACUAAGGAGAAUCCUGAUGGCGUCUUGACGAAACAAAUUGUUCGCAACCUUUUCGCCGUGUACGGAGACGAUGAUGAUAACCUUGAAUACCGACGAGGCUGGGAGCGUCUCCCUGAAAACUGGUACAGGAGGCCUAUGGAUUGGGGUCUUCUCAACCUCAACGUGGACCUCCUCGACUGGACCAUGAAGUACCCAGAGCUUGCAAGCAUCGGCGGCAACACGGGCACCGUCAACAGUUUCACCGGCCUCGACUUGUCCGAUCUCACCGGCGGCGUUCUCAACGCCACCACCCUCCUCGAGGACAACAACCUCCUCUGCUUCAUCUUCGAGAUCCUCAAGUUCGCCAGCCCCAAUGCGCUUGCUGGUAUCUACCAGACUCUUGCAAUUCCUCUCGACUUCCUCACUAAGGCCCUGGCCACCCCGCUGCUUGACCUGGCUUGCCCUGCGUUCCAGGAUAUGCAGCUUGGCGGCAAGCCCGCGUGGGACGCUAUCAUAGAUUUGUUCCCUGGUGCGGCCAAGACUACGAGUAUCCUGUAGGGGUGGUUUGACUGUCCAGUGUAUUAUGUUAUUAUAUUCCCUUCUUUCCUGGGCUCCGAUGUGAUGUGCCCUUAUUAUGAUAGGGUCGUGAAUGAGGC